CAACAGAGGGGUCGUAGUUGUGUAAUGGGAGCAGCGGAGGGGCUCUAGUUGACGUCGUGGAUGUAGACACCGCCACAGCGUCAGAGGCGUGCGCGCGCGCGUCACACUGCGGCGACGUGGACGCACCGAAUGGUUUCAAGUCCCGCCGCUUCUAGAACAUACAAAACAAUGGAAACAGGAAAUGUGAGUUCGCAGCGCAGUUGCGCUGUGGCAGCACUGAUCGACAGACAGCCGCGGAGCUGGUCACACGGACCUCCCCCCCCUCCGGUAGGCUGUCCGCCCGCCCGCAGGAGCAGCAGCCUGGCCGCGCUGAGGGCGGAGCUGGCCUCGCUGUCGUCUUAAAGCUACCAACGUAGCGCCGCAGCGCUCAACGCCACGACUGAGCGCCUGUUCGGCGGACUCGAGCAGCAGCAGGAUGCCGGUGAAAGGCGGAGGAAGACUGGCCUCUUUCCCGAGCAAGGGCGACAACGUCGGAAGCUCAGGGAUGGAGGAGACGGUGUGGGAGCAGUACACAGUCACCCUGCACCGCGAUGCUAAGAUGGGCUUUGGCAUAGCUGUGUCGGGUGGACGAGACAACCCCAAUGUGGACAACGGUGAGACGUCGAUCAUCGUGUCAGACGUGCUGCAGGGAGGCCCGGCCGACGGGUUACUCUUUGAGAAUGAUCACGUCAUUCAGGUCAACGCCAUCCCCAUGGACAACGUGCCUCAUUCAUUCGCUGUGCAGUCCCUCCGCAAAUGUGGCAAAGUGGCCAAAAUAAUGGUGAAGAGACCCCGUAAGGUGGCGGUUCACUCCCUGAAACAGCCCCCCUCCCCGAGUGGAGAAAGUCGAGAAUACGCCCCCUCCACCCACUACUAUGACGCUGACAACGACAACGGCUGGUACCGCGAUGAGGCCCGGGACCACACCUCUGACAAUAAAGGAUACCUGGAACCUCAGUACAAGGGCGGACAAGACUACAACCAGAGGGGAAAGAGCCGUGGGAGGAGCCAGGACAGAUCCUCGCCCAGCCCGGACAGAUCCAGGAGAGAUGGCAGCCGGGGACGAGCCCUGGACAGCAGCGCAGACCGCCAGAGGUACCGCAGCCGCGGACGCAGCCCUGGGGACAGCUACCGCAUGGAGGACAAGUAUGAGCGGGGAGGAGUAGGAGGGAGGUACAGGAGCAGGGACCGGCUCAAUGACCCGUCCCCAGAGCCUUCCAGAGAGCUGGAGCCGCUGGAGAAGCCUGUCAAUGUCCUUCUGGUAAAGAACCGCCCCAGUGAAGAGUACGGCCUUCGUCUGGGGAGUCAGAUCUUCAUCAAACAGAUGAGCAGCACUGGCCUGGCUGCCAAGGACGGGAACCUGCAUGAGGGAGACAUCAUCCUCAAGAUUAACGGCACAGUCACGGAGAACCUGUCUCUGCACGAUGCCGGGAAGCUGAUAGAAAAGUCCAGAGGGAAGCUGCAGCUGGUGGUCCAGAGAGACCAGCGCCAGAUCCUCGUCCGCAUCCCCCCACUGGCAGACUCUGAUUCUGACAAUGAUGACAUAUCGGAGAUGGAGUCGUACCAUUCCUAUUCUCCCCCGGAGGAGAGGAGGUCGCGCCAGUCUGACCUGUCCUCCCAUUCUUCCAACGAGCGCGACAACCACAGGGAAGAAUCCACGAGGACGCCCAAGAUGUCAGCCAUGGCCUCCCCAUUCAGAGUCCCUGUAGACCCCCAGGCCUUCACAGAGCUGGACAAGGACCCGCCGCCUCCACAGGAGCCUCCAGGUUCUGCUGCAGUGACCACACCAAAGAUCCUCCUCCGACCAAGUCCAGAAGAUGAGAAAAUAUAUGGGCCCAACACGGUGAUGGUGAAUUUCCAGAAGGGCGACAGUGUGGGUCUGAGGCUGGCGGGAGGAAAUGACGUGGGCAUCUUCAUUGCUGGUGUUCAGGAGGGCAGUCCCGCAGAGGAGGAGGGUCUGCGCGUUGGAGACCAGAUCCUGAAGGUGAACAACGUGGACUUCCAAGGUGUGGUGAGGGAGGAAGCGGUGCUGUUCCUGUUGGAGAUUCCUAAAGGGGAAGUGAUCACCAUCCUGGCCCAGAGCAAACCUGAGGUUUACAAUGACAUCCUGGUGUCGGGACGCGGAGACUCCUUUUUCAUCCGGACCCACUUUGAAUAUGAGAAGGAGACUCCUCAGAGCCUGGCCUUCAGCCGUGGGGACAUCUUCAAAGUGGUGGACACCCUGUACGACGGCAAGCUGGGGAACUGGCUGGCAGUGCGUGUGGACAAGGACAAGCAGCUGCUGGAGAAAGGCAUCAUUCCCAACAAGAGCAGAGCCGAGCAGAUGUCCAGUGUUCAGAGCUCUCAUAAAGUGGUUGUGGGGGAUCGGGCUGACUUCUGGCGCUUGCGAGGCCAGCGCUCCCUGAAGAGGAAAGACCUGAGGAAGAGCAGAGAGAACCUGAGCGGACAGACCCUGGCCACGCGCUUCCCAGCGUAUGAGCGCGUGGUGCUUCGAGAAGCUGGCUUCCGGCGCCCUGUGGUGCUGUUCGGACCCAUCGCUGACGCUGCUAACGACAGACUGGCCUCGGAGAUGCCCGACCUGUUUGUUAUUGCCAAAACCGAGCCGAAGGACGCGGGUUCUGAGAAGUCCUCAGGUGUGGUGCGUCUGAACACGAUCCGACAGAUCAUUGAGCAGGACAAGCACGCCCUGCUGGAUGUAACGCCCAAGGCCGUGGACACGCUGAACUACACCCAGUGGUACCCCAUUGUUAUCUUCUUUAACCCAGACAGCAAACACGGCGUCAAGGCCAUGAGGCAGAGGGUCAUCCCCAGCUCCAACCGCAGCGCCCGCAAGCUCUACGAGCAGGCGGUCAAGCUGAGGAAGACCUGCGGCCACCUGUUCACCGCCUCCAUCGACCUGAACUCUUCAAAUGACGCCUGGUACGGCAGCAUCAAAGACACUGUGAGAGAGCAGCAGAUGCAGCCGGUCUGGGUUUCUGAUGGCAAGCUGGAGGGAGUAGGGAGUGACCUGGACUGUCAGGACGUGGAGCGUCUGUCCUUCCUAUCCGCCAUGUCUGCCGACUACCUCAGCAUGGACAGCCGGCUGACCUCCGACAUGGACGACACUGCUGAUGAGGGGGGGGGCUACACGGACAACGAGCCCGACGUGGAGAUGAUGCACAUAUCUGCCAUCAGCCGCUCCUCUGAACCUGUCACAGCUGAGGAGAUAUUGCGCAGAUACAGUCCAGACAUCAGGAGUCGCAUGAGAAAGAUGAGCAGCCGUGAAGUGCUCAACCGGUCCAGCCCUCCGGCCGUCUUCUCUCCAGACAACAAGGUCAAACUGGUUCUGAGGGAUGACCCAGUCCUCCCAUCAGGCGCCAUCCACCCACACCACCACCGGGGCCAACACAACCCUCCGCCUCCCAGUUGUGGCCGAAGCUACGAGUCCCCGUCCAGCAGCAGUCCUGCGAGCAGCAACAACGAACCCCCGCCGCCCGUCUCCCGCUUAGCCCCGCCCACGCCGCCAAGUCACCACCUCAACUCCUUCGGCAAACCGCGUUCCCUGGGAGGGCUCCAAGCCGCAACCCUGCCAAAGUGCAGGGAGCCUGGGGUUCAGGUACCUGCGGCUCCGCCCACUGGGUCCAGCACCAGAGGUGACGGCUCUGUGCAGGAUCCAUCCACGAGGUCCUUCCUGGGGAAGAUUGAGGCCUUUGAGAAGAUGGACCACUUCGCCCGAUCCCAAAGGCUGCUUGAACUGCAGGAGGCCCACAAUGCCAGGUUGGAAAUUUCCCAGAAGCACCCUGACAUCUACGCGGUACCUCUGAAGACGGCCAAGCUGGAUCACGCUCGUCCUCAGCCCAUUGGUUCCAGCUCCCUCCCUGAACUCCAGACUCCUCCGUCCUCCAGGGACACGUGUCCUUUUUACUCCAGUGAGAAGGUGACGGAGGACGGAGCAGCGCCAGGAUUCUACACCUCCAACUCCCACCAGUACGAGGACACGGAGCUCUAGGUCCAGCGCUGCUUCUGGACAUGUCCAGUUUACACAUCAUUCCAUCCUGCUCUGCACAAGUCAGCUGCUGACUCCCGCUUCUUUGAUAAUGACAAAACUAUAACGUCUUCAAGGAAGUGGAAUCAAUCUGUAAUAUCCUUAUCCUGGAUAAGAACACACUGUCUUUGUGUCUUGUAUGUGUUUGUCUCUCUCUUUUGGAGUCACCAUUUCAAAUGGUGUGAACUUUGCGAUCAGGAACAAAUUGUUUUCUUGCCUAUGCAAAUCUUCACUUUGUGCACAGCAACUCUAACCUAUUGCCACGAGUUUUGCCCUCACAGAAACCUCAAACAGUAGUCGCUUUACCACAUUUGUUUUACCUUAAGCUCCUAUUAUUGCCAGCUGCAAUUUACAAAGGUUUUCUACAUAUAUCUAAAUAAUAUGAAUUAUAUAUAUAUAUAAAUAAUAUAAAUUUAAUAUGAAUUAUAUAUAUAUAAUAUACUAUUUAUUAUCACUACAUUGAGUGUGUCAAGUGUUUAUACUGUCUUUGCAUUCCUUUCAAUAUGAAAAUGCCUGUGUAUACAUACAGUAUGUAUCUAUCUAUCUAUCUAUGUAUCUAUCUAUAUACUGUAUAUAUAUAGAUGUGCGUGUAUCUGUAGACAUGCACACCUAUAUCUGUAUUCUAUCUAGUAAGAGUUUUUUAAAGUGCCUUUUACUUUGGUACUCAUGAGGUUUGGCUCGUCUCUCCUCUGCCCCUCAGCCAUCCAGCUGGACUGAAACCUCUGCUGCUGUCAAGCCUAAAGGAAACCAGGGAACCAGUGACACCACAACCUUAAUGCUGCCCCACAUACUGUACUGUCUGCUGUCCCUUAGCCCCCGCUGCAGUACACACUCUUACGCUACUGUAAUCUGCUCUGUGGAAGGAAGAGCAAACCCUGUUUAACUGCUGGAAUUCAGUUAAGACACUCGUGGCACCUAUUUGAAAUGUCAAACUAAAUUAGAGUAUAGGCCGGUGAUUCAGACCCAGUCUGAACAUACCACAGCCCAUCACCUGCGUCCGGGGCUGGGUUGGACCAUCCAUGAAGACCCUGUCACUCCAGCCUGGCAUAAUAAAUGAAUCGUCCUGAGAGCUCAAGUCGUUUAUGACAAGUCAAACUUUAGGCAGUUUGUUUAGCUACAGUAGAAAACCUUCACAAGUGAACCUGAACCAUAAGGUGAAACCUUCACCGUCACUGGGAACUGUGGUCCAGUCAGUGGCUCUGCUGCCAGACUUGUACUGGAAGCGCACUGAGAGAAGCUGAGCCCUAGAAAGAAAGCACCUCAUCUUUUACUUGGUGUUUCUGUGGAACUUGUGGACUAAGGUUCACUCAGCUGCAUUUAGCACUACGACAUCCGAUCCAUUAUGCAGAUGCACUUCCUGGUGCGACUGCGUCUCAAGAUGCCUCGUUAUUAUUUUUAGCCAUUUUGGUGCUGAGCAGUGGCCAGUGUUUGAUGACAUGCAUGGGCUUCUCCUCAGUCUGUCUAUCACUGCCUAUGCUAACAGCCAAAUGUGGUUGCUAAGAACCCGACCUUUUCUUAUCCUCAACAAAUCCCAUGUUGCAAAACUGAAUGUAUCCAACGAACCAGUCCUACGUCACACGAAACCCGUACUGCUCUGUGCCAUAGUGCAUCUAGAACCCGUCACAGUCUCCCUCUGCCCCUGAGUCACAGCUGAAAACCCUCAUUGAAGCACUUUGUCCUCCUUUUUGAGUGGUUUAUGUUGGAAGCCAUAAAGAAGUGGGCCUGUUUUAUUGAUUUGUGCCACAGAGAAGCAUAUUGCUGGGUUUUAAUGUUCUAAUGUUUAAAAUUUAAAAGCCUGUUGAUGCUGAGCAGUCAGAGACAGGACGCCUGAUGUCUGUACAUCUCCACACAAGCCGAUGGAGGAGGGGAAAACGUAAUGAUCUGUCAGGAUUCUUUAUGAUCUAUCAGUCAUCUAAACGGUGGCGCAAAACAAAGGCUUCUAUAGAAAUAGGACUAAUUAUUGUGUUUCUAAUGACAUCUGUUGUUGUCACAAGCUGAGCAGCCGCAGGUUGAGUAGUUAAACAGUCAUUAAGAACGUAUGAACAAGUGUUUCCAUCCACUCUGCUUCAAAUAUGCAAUAACUGUUGGAAAGCUGUGGGUCCGGCCCGACCCAGCUUUAGCUGAGUGUCGGUUCUGGGCUCCACCUUCAAAGCAGCUGAUUGUAAAUGUCCACACGCUUUACCUCCGCACCGGUUACAAAGUGCUUACUGUCAGACUCAAGUGCUAAGAGGCGAGUCACUGAGUGAACGGUGUCACAGGAGGCUUGUUUACGCGAGAGAGAGAUGGAUGCCUGGACUGUCUGUCUGCUGAUUCUUCAUGUUUCCACUUUAAUACACCAAAUAAAGGAGGUUUUGACCA